AUUUUAUUUUGAAAAGUGAACAGGAAGAAAAGCCGGAAGUGUCCAUUUAGAUUUCCGCAUUUAAACGUAGUUUCACAGGCGCAAUAGCAAAGUCACUGUAAAUAAGAAUCUAACCACUAAUGUGAAUUAUAAACACGAUAUUUUUUUUUAGCAAUGACAGUACAGACCUUUCCCUCGGUAUAACGGAGGAUGAAAUAACCGAUAAAAGGAACGUUAAGUCGUGAGCAAGAACGGAGUGAUGAGCAGUAGCCCUGCGUCUGUCGAGAUGGAUGAGGUGAGGAAGAGGGCCCAGUCCCUGCUCUCCUCCUCAGGUUCAGCACAGGAUGUGAAGGCUGAUGUUCAGACCAUGGCCGCCAUCACCGUGCCUCUGUCAGAGAAAUAUCAUCAACUGGAGGUGGAGACCAUGCUGAGGGACAACACGGCGGGUUGCAACAGACAGGAGGUUCUUGAGUCUUUGAGUAGACUGGUCAAGGCCUUGAGUAUCCUGGAGAAGUAUGGCUGCAACCUGACCAGUCCCACCAGGCCCAGAUACUGGAGGAGUGUCAAGCACAACAACCCAAUCUUCAGAAACACUGUGGAUGCCAUCAAGGGAAGCCGGAGAGUCUUGUAUCUCUAUGGUUACACCAAUCAGCAGAUUGACGGCCUCAGCUUCCCAGAGGAAGUCAGCGAACCAGACACUAACAAGGUCGCUGCAGUGACGCUGGAGGUCAUGACUUUGCGCACGGAGGUGGACAUGCUUGUGAAGGGCACACAUCCUCACCUAGAAAACUUCAAAGAUAUCAUCCCAUUUGUCAUCCAGCAGGAUACACUGGUGAGUGACUCUGUGGUUAUCACGCCUGGAGAGGAGCAGCAUGGAGACAAACCACAGGUUUUGUCUCCCUCACCUAAGCCAGCUCAGGGAGACAAACCACAGGUUUUGUCUCCCUCACCUAAGCCAGCUCAGGGAGACAAACCACAGGUUGUGUCUCCCUCACCUAAGCCAGCUCAGGGCCCUGGGCUUGGCCUAUCCCCAAAACCAUUAACAGCAAGCAAAUGUAAUUUGUGUGGUGGCAUUUCAUCUCUGGUGUGUCCAUCCUGUAACAAUCAGCCAUUCUGUGAUGCAUGUGAUGACCUUUUCCACCGCCACCCUGCCAGAUCCAAUCACAAGAGAGACAAGAUACAGAAAACCAAACAGGACACUUGCAGCAUCUGUGGGUUCUCUGCUGUGCACGCUCAGUGCUCCACUUGCACCCAGAGGUUGUGUCUGAACUGCGACCGGCUCUUCCACUCUCACCCUGAUCGCAAAGCACAUAACAGAAUUAUUCUUACACCGGCCAAAACAUCCAGUCCAUCUCUGUCACCCUGGGAGUGUGCUCAUUGUACCACAGUGAACGAGAUGCGAGCUGUUCUCUGCUCCACCUGUGAACGGCCUCGACUUGCCACGCCUGCUUCCACUGUUCAAGAAAGCCCCACGUCACUUCCAACAUCCCCAAACACAGAGUGGCAGUGCAAGAGCUGCACAGUUAUGAAUCAAGGCAGCAGUGUCCUCUGUGAGGUGUGUGAGCGCCCCCGUCUGGCCACUCGCCCAACUGUCACACCUGUGCUGUGCAGCCCAGGAUCUGACACUGAAUCGAAGUGGACCUGCCAGUUCUGCACCUUUGUAAACAUCAAGCCCACUGUGGUGUGUGAAAUGUGCAACUUGUCCUGUAAAGACUCUGCUGGUGAUUGUCAGCCCCAGCCUCUCCAGCCGCAGCCUGGUGAGAAGCCAAAGCCGAAGCCCAGAGUCAACCAGCAGCUGAAGAGACAGAAGACGAUGAGGGAAGAUGGACUCACCCUCAUCCAGCAGAUAAGAGAAGCAGAAAAGCGUGGGGUCAGCCCAGAGGAGGUGUAUGCAGCCCUGUGCAUGUGCAGCGGAAGCGACAUCAACCCCUGUGAUUGGCUGACAUCAGAGCUGCCUCAUCUCCUGGACGAGAUCUGCGCCAUGGCAGCCUCUGUGCAGCUAAACUACAAAGCAGAGGAUUCUGGGACAGAGAGAGAUGGGGAGGAGUCAGAGCUGAGCUGCCCAAACUCCACAGGUGAAGGUGUGAAGCUGUCCAGAGCUGAGGCCAAGCUGGCCUGGUUGGCAGCAGGAGGAGACACCGACAGAGCAGUGAGACAGCUGCUGAGAGACCGACAGGUCAAGAUGAAGGAACUUCACUCUCUGGGUUUCUGUGACGUGGCACAGUGUGAGGAGGCCUUGCGGCUGAGCGGAGGUGAGGUGAAAGGUGCUUUGUCUCUGCUUCAGCGGCCUCUCCUUGAGCCCUUCCACCAGCGGAUCUGGACCGACCAGCCCGAGCCUCCGAUUGAUCCCAAACACCCAGACAAACAGAGGAUGUGCAGGCGUCUGCUGGCGUUGUACGAACUGCCCAGCUGGGGGCGCUGUGAGCUCGUGUUGUCUUUGCUCCAGGAGCCAGGUGUCAACUACUCCCUGGAGGAUGUAGUGCAAGCUGUGAAGGAGUCGCAUGACAAAGACUUCAUCAGGCGUCUGCUCAACAACGAGUGUCCCUGCUGUCUGUCCAUCUUCCCCCACAGCAAGAUGCAGUCUCUGACCUCCUGUCAGUGCUCAGUGUGCCACGAGUGCUUUGGGCAGCACUUCACUAUCGCCGUGAGGGACAAACACAUCAGAGAUAUGGUCUGUCCCGUGUGCGGUGAGCCAGACAUCAACGACCCUGAACAGCUGGACAGCUACUUCUCCACACUGGACAUACAGCUGCGGACCUGCCUGGAGCUGGAUGUGUUGGAGCUCUUUCACAAAAAGCUGACUGAACAUGCUCUGAUGAAAGACCCAAAGUUCCUGUGGUGCUGUCAUUGCACCUCUGGGUUUAUCAAUGACGGAGACCAGCUGAAGGUCACAUGCCCGUCUUGCAGGAAAACUUUCUGUGCUCAGUGCAAGAAACCUUGGGAGGCUCAGCACCAGGAUCUGUCCUGCGAGCAGUUCCAGCAGUGGAAGAGGGAGAACGACCCAGAAUACCAGCGGCAGGGCCUGGCUGGCUACCUGAGAGACAAUGGCAUCACCUGUCCUCACUGCAGGUUCCAGUACGCACUGGCGAAAGGUGGCUGCAUGCACUUCAGCUGCUCCCAAUGCAGGUACCAGUUCUGCAGCGGCUGCAACAACCCCUACCACAAGACAGGAUGCAAGACACCCCAGUGCGUUUGCCCUGGGAUGCAUGCACAUCACCCCCGUGACUGUCUCUUCUAUCUCAGAGACUGGGAGCCAGCCAAACUACAGGCUCUGCUGCAAAGGAAUGGUGUGGAGUUCAACACAGAUCCUUCCAAUGGAACUCAAACUGAGGCUUGCGUUGUGAUGGAGCAGAAAGAUGGAGGUCAGCAGAUUGACUCACCAUGUGGCAUCGCAACACAGCCAGGACAAGCUGGACUCUGCGACAAGCACUACAGGGAGUACCUGGUCAGUUUGAUAAACGCUCACUCUCUGGACCCGGCUCCGCUGUACGAAGCCAAAGACCUUAUUCGAGCCUGUGAGAGAUACCAGGUGGACGUGCAGCGAGGAGACAACGAGGAUGAUAACGCUUACCAUGCUCGGCUACUCAAGAAACUGAUGGAGGUUCCUCUUGGAGAAAAGGUUCCUCGGAACAAACAGAGUCUUUAACUUCACUGGCCUCAAAGAGGAAACAUCUUCAAAAACAUUGACUGUGCACUUGUACAAGGAUUUGGGUUUUGGGCGAGCAUGCUGAAUGAUGAGAGGCUGAUCCAGUUAUCUCCAGCCUUUCAUGCUUCUAACUCAGCCAAAUGCCAACUUGACAAACACCUCAGAAUUUUUGUGCUGCUUUGUCACAAUAUCCAUAAAGAUGUUUAUUCUCUGUAGUUAUCAUUGUUAAGUUAAUCUUUCCCUGUUGAACAUAAAGAUUACCUGGUUUCAGUAUAGAGCAAAUAAUUUUUCUGAUGUUUGUGCGUCUUCAAAUCACACCGAUUCGUACUUUAAUAAAGCUUUAAAAGGAAUUUAUUUGUGGUAUGAAGCUGAAUCUUGUAGGAAUCCAACAGUCUGAGGAUUUACCUCUUGCACCUGAAUCCUCUUUUUGGAGUUCUACAUCAGAACGAAGUGAUAAUCAGCUAAAUUACAUUGUUUAAAUAACCAAAAAGUUCAUAUUUGAUGUUUGAAGGGUAAAAGGUUUAAGAUUGUCAAAUUGUUUAUAUUUGCUUCCUAUAUGAUGCAUGGAUGAAUCAGACUCAAUAAAAAUAAUUAUUUUCAAGUGUGCAUUUGUUGGUUCUUAUAGACCAAAUCCCUGAUAGUUUUGCCUUUCCAAAUAAUGUUACAUCACUAAAUGCAGUCGCAGAGGAGUUUCUGUUGUUCCAUCUAUCUAGGUAUACCCUCAAUAAGGAGUAGUGGGGGAAAGUAACUACUUUCACUACAUUAGGGUACUUGUGAUGUUCUUGUGAAUUUUCAUUUUCUGCUGCUUUACUUCUACUCCACUACAGUUACCUGGCACCUGUUAGUACCAAUUAAAUACAAGG